GCUCAAACCACCCAGUUUAUAAUAACAGCUCUCUAACAGUUUGACACAGCUAAGGGCUGUGCCCAGGCACUCUGCAUUGCCUCAUGCGGAAGAACAGCCCUUGGCCGCUGUAUAUUGACCAUAUUAUACCACACCCCCUCUGGCCUUAUUGUUUAAUUAUAGCCCAACGGCCGCAAGAUGGCGGUAUUACCCGUUUUAUGUCGUUUGUCAUCUUACGUCCGAAUUUAAUGUGCACAGCCGGCAAUACACUCGUUUCCCCCAUGGACUGGCUCGUAAAUAAAGCAUCCUCCAUUCAGGCUGCAAAGGUGUCAGUUUCCUCCUUAACUCAAUUGAAUGCCUCGUCGGUAAAAAAAAAAAAAGAGACUGUCUUAAUAAAACACAAUUUUCCACCACUAUGCUACAGUGGCUAAUGCUACACCGGGAUGGUGCUUACCACAUUCAGCCAAUCAGGUUGCAGAUGUCUGUUUUCACCCCUGGUCUGUUUCAAAAUAAAAGUGGUGCUUACUGAACAAGCACUUUUUAAUUAAAUGCAUUGGAUUUGUUGCCAUGAACUCGUUUACAGAACAUUAUUCACAGUUUGAAUAAGAAAGAUAAAACAUUUAUUAAGUGAAAUGAUAAAGUUAAAACGAGAUUUAGAGUAGAAUGUAUUUUUCACCCGAGAUGCAAUAUGCAAUGAAUGUAAUGAUUGUAUUGUUUACAGGUUUAUUAAAUGACAGUGCACAAACACUUCCAAGACUGUAAGGUCAGAUGGCUUUUCAUGCUUUAGGAAGUCAAGGUACAGUAUGUGGGUGAGGUGGGUAAGUGGCAUGGUAGUCAGGGAUCAGUCCGGGCACGCCAGGGAGUUAGCAGCACGGGAUAGGCAGCAUGACCAGAAGGACUGGAGACAAGCACAGCCAGGAGUCAUCAGGCCAGGGUGUCCUCAGGCACAGAGAGAAAGAAAGAUGGGGAUUAGUGGAAGCAUUCCUAAGAUCACACAGUACACCAGAGAUAAGACAAGCUCACACAUAUAAAACAUGCACCUUAACCCACAUAAAACAUGUAAGGUAGUGUAUUCAGCUUCUUAUAUGGACCCCCAUGAACUUAGACGACUCGCCUAUGUCCACCUCAACAACCUGGAUGUUGUGGAUGUACAUGGUGUUGGAGGUAUAAGCUGUAGAGAUACACACAACUAAAACAACACACACACACACACAGGGUGUGGCAUAAUAUAAUAAUAACCGGUAUAGUGCCAUAGUGCCAUAUCAUGGAUAAUGAGGCCUAGAGCAAGUUUGGUGAGACAUUACCAGAAGAGAAGACAGGUCACAUGUUCCACUAAAUACAAUAACUGGAGACAGUGGGCUGAAUCCAGGCAGAAGGCAAUGCCAGUCAGUUGGAUGUGUCUGUUCCCCUGGGUGCUUGUAAGCAUUUCACGGUAAGGUCUAGACCUGCUGUAUUCGGCGCAUGUGACAAAUACAAUUUGAUUUGAUAUUGUGCUAACAUUCUAAAAGCAAUCUGAACUAGAGGAGACAAUGGCCUGUGCUUAAACUUUAUUUUAUUUUAUUCCAGGUCAUGAGUUAAUGUUGUCUUACUUUUGUCCCACCCGUCUCUCCUGGAACUUCUCCUAGGCUAACAACUAAGACUAGCUAGCAUGAUACUGGAAACCUAUGCUGUCAUUUAGUCUCUAGAUGUGUUAAGAAAAUGACAUGUUUGGAACCUUAAACAACUAAACACAACUCUACAACCGAAAAGCACUUCCGGGUCCGUUACUUACAUCGGUUAAAAUCCCUUUUUGAAAAUGAACUCUGCGAAACAUGCUCAUCCUCUACAUUAGGAAUGUGCUGACUUCACUACAUAAUUUUAGCUUCUGUUUACCAGAGGAAAUGGGCGUGUUAGUUCCACCCGGUGUUACUUUCAUCCCGGCUCUCCCCUACACAUACUGUAUUUCCCCAUUUACGAACUUAGUAGUAGGCUAGGCUACAUUUCUACACCCCUACAGCAAACCAAGCGGUGGGUCAAGUCUGCCUUUCGGCUAAAACACAAAUUAAGGAUUGUGCCUUUAUUGUGACCGACCGUUUCAUGGUGAUCGGAGAUAAAUAGCAUAGUAGCCUAUAGUUGGUGUGGUGUCUAGUUCACCGUGUGCUCAUGGCAACACUGGCAACAUAUCGCAUGGCAACAUAUCGCAAACUACAAAAUAAAGGUUACUCACGCAGGUAAAACAAGCGGACCUGACACGUCGAGUGUGUCUAGGAGCACUGACUGAGCGUAACCACGAUGGCAAAGUUCCUGACUCAAGACCAAAUAAAUGAAUUUAAGGAAUGCUUUUCACUCUAUGACAAGAAGCACAAGGGUAAAAUUGAGGCCAAGGACCUGAUUAUAGUUAUGCGCUGCCUGGGGGUCAGCCCCACUUUCAUUGAGGUGGACAGACACCUGCAAAUCUCCAAGAUAGAUAAGGGCGGAGAGCUGGACUUCUCCACCUUCCUGACCAUGAUGCACCAGCAGAUCCAGCAGGAGGAUCCCAGAGCAGAGAUCCUGGAGGCCAUGAGGAUGACGGACAAGCAGAAGAAGGGCUACAUCCUAGCCUCGGAGCUCCGGGCCAAGCUCACCGGGCUGGGAGAGAAGCUCACUGAUAAAGAAGUUGACGAGCUGCUGAAAGAGACUGGUGUGGGACCAGACGGACGUGUCCACUACGAGGAGUUCGCCAAAACAAUGACCCUUCCUUCUACAAACUGCUGAGCAGCCAUCAGGCCGGGCACGAUCAUACUGUACCGCAAAAGUGCACUGACUCUAAGCAUCUGCAUGCGGGCUGCCCACUAACAACAUGUUGAGAUGAGAAAUAAUAAUAAUAUAAUAUAAUAAUAAUAAUAAUAUGCCAUUUAGCAGACGCUUUUAUCCAAAGCGACUUACAGUCAUGCGUGCAUACAUUUUUGUGUAAAUAGUUUUUUUUCUUUAUAAGCUUUCUGAGGGAUAUGUUUCGAUUGUUAUUAUGUUUUCCUUAUGUUUCCAUUAUAUCUCCUUAUAUGUUGAGGGAAACAAUGAUGUGCCUGGUUGAAUCUUCUGCACUUUAAAUAGAUAGCUAAUACUAACUGCCAUUGUAAUAGCUUAUCACUUUUACCAAGUCAUCACUAAAAAGCCUACUGACAUUUCCACAAAGUAAUGACAUUGUUUUUCUUAUUGAUACAAGAGCAACUUGAUUUCUUGAUAAUAAAUGGACCAAUAAUUUUAGGUCCAGAUUUGCUAUAAAAAUGUUUUUAUGUAAAUGUGAAUAAGCUUUGUAGGGUUGGGUCAAACACAUUAAUCUCUCGUGGACAGACUUUGUAUGCCAGAGGUAGUUUACGUGGUGUGGUUCAAAAGUGGUGUGGCAAAAUUCAUACAUGUCUUUUCUGGGGCCUGGAGUUUUUCCUGAUCUCAUGACCUGGUCAGGUAAAACUCUGGGUCCUAUUCAUAGGCUAUGACAAAAUAUUAUAAUUAUAGAUAGCUUCGUUUUUCAUCUGUACUAUGACUAUAGGGCUGGGUUUUUUCUUGUCAGGUCAUGUGAAUUGGAAACACUCCUGGCCUAAGGUGGACCUUUCAAACUACCACAAACCCUGUUAUUAUUCAUUCUGAAUCUGAUAUCAAAAGAUCCAGAGACAACAACUUCAAUGGACAACAUACUUUGUAGUUUAAUGAAGUACUAUAGCAGGGCUGAGUGUUAUGCUUACAAUGUCUUUAAAUAUUAUAAUAUAUAUAUACACUCACAAUGUUAAGCAGUAGACUUUUAAAACAAAAAAAGACAGACAGGUUUCAAUGUAGAAAAUAAUUUUAAUUCUGUCACAACCUAUUAUCUGUUCAUCUGACUGCAGUGCUCUUCUGCAAUUAAUUCUGUAAGCUUUAUGUAAGGCAGGGUUACAUUUUAAUCCUAUAGACGAAGAACCAUUUAAGUGCUUUUUGAAGAAAAAAAUUUGAUUUUAUGAAUCAAUAUAAAAAGUAUGGAAAAUACUGAAAUAUUUAAUAAAAAACUAGCAACUUGUCACGCCCUGACUCAGGGGACGCUUAUAUGUUGAGUCAGGGUGUGUAUAUUCCUUGUUGUGCUUGUUCUA